AUUUGAAGCGAUUGUCAAAAAUGUACAAAAAUUAUUGACAGAAUUGAUGGGAAUUCCAGACAAUUACAGUAUACUAUUAAUGCACGGCGCAGGCACCGGACAGUUCGCUGCCCUUCCCAUGAAUCUGGUCUCCGGUCUGAAAGACGGCUCACUCGUGAACUACUUAGUGACGGGCGCCUGGAGUGACAAAUCGGCCAAAGAGGCCCAAAAGUAUACGACUGUCAAUACAGUGACCCCUAAACUGAAGGAAUACUUCGAGAUUCCCAACAAAAGUGAGUGGAAACUAGACUCAAACGCCAAAUACUUCUUCUACACCGACAACGAGACCAUUCAUGGCAUAGAAUUGCCAUACAUUCCCGAAUCGCUGCCAAACGUGCCGUUAGUGUGCGAUAUGACCUCCAACUUCCUCACCCGACCCAUCGAUAUCAAGAAGUACGGGGCAGUGGUUGCGGGCACACAGAAGAACUGCGGAAUCGCC